UUUGGACGCUUAAAAUAAUUUUGUUCUUCUAUCUAACUAAAUGUUAUAUUUGGAUCGCAACUGCAGUAUCAUUGCUGUUGCAGCUACCGCUGCCUAUUGACACGGGCGAUGGCACUGUUAAUUAAUAAAUUUGCAUUGCUAUUAGUCGUACUUACUAAAGUACGCGUACAAAACUGGUUUCUCCCAAACAAACAAGUUUCUCCAUCGAAGACAAAAUGUUGUAAUACAGCUUAAGUACCUAAAUGUUUUCACUGAAGUGUUUUUUUUAUUUGAUGGUAGCAUAAAAUAAUAAUAAUAUUAAUAAUAAUUCAGCCUAUAUAUGUCCCACUGCUGGGCACUGGCCUCCUCUUAUGCGCGAGAGGGCUUGGGCUAUAGUCGCCAAGCUGGGCUGGGUUGGGGACUUCACAUACACUUUUGAAUUUCUCCGCGGAUGUAUGCAUACAUCCUGCAGGCUUCCUCACGAUGCUUGUCUUCACCGAAAAGCUAGUGGUGAUAUGGUAGCAUAAAUAUUAAUACAUACAAACGGAUGUAAUUAUAUUAAUAAUAAAAAAAUAUCAGUUCUUUUAGUACGUUUACUCCGUAUAAGAUAAGUAAAGUCUAAGAAAAAAACGUGCUUUGUAAAAUCAUGAAGAAUUUAUGCUGGAAUAAGUAGAUGGCGAUAUACCUUUGGCCUAUACUCGAGUAGAUGGCGACACCGUUUGAUAUUUAAUAUAUAUGAGUGAAAGAACAUGGAUCAAAUGGCCAUAUGCCAUUCUAAGGGUUCUAGUCCUGUGUCGAAAGAUGGCAGUAAAUUCAGUUGAUUACAAAAUUUACUUUUACAAUGAGCUCUCAACAUCUAUACUAAAUUAAGUAAUAUUACAGGUUUCUUGGGCGCCGUUAUAGCCGGAUUCUACUAUUUUUUUUUACAAUUAGUGUAAAAAAUGUAAAUGUAACAUUUCUAAAUAAAUAAAUGUGCCAAUCUUCCAAAAAAUGUCGACAAAUAUUUUACGUGACCUAUAUACAAAUUAACUAUCCCCAAUCUACGCAUGAAAUAUACCUUAUAAAGUAUCUAAUCACAAUUGCUUAUGAUGUAAGUUUAAAGAUGACAUAUCUAUUCUGGGUUAGCUAUGAGCACUCUGAGGUCUACCGUAUAGUAGUUGUUAAUUAAAUGACUAAUUUGGGUAACUAUACGAGUAUAUUUUCAUAAAUCCUGUUGAGUAUUUUGUAUUUUAAGUCAUAAUUAAUUAUUUACUCGUACAUAGUACUAUUGUACUGUACUGUACUGAAACAAGUUGAAAUUGUAUGUAUUUAUGUUCCUUUAAGAUAUUUAAUAACGUAACCAUGUAACUUUACAAAAACUGCAGAAAAAUAUGACAAACAUGAGCCCUUUACUGAUAUCAAUAUAUAUUAUAAUAAUAGUUGCCCUUACAAUCGAACGCGCCACCUAGUGGCGAAUAGCUAGUUCUCAAUCACACAUGUAGAUGACGCAUGCGAGCACAUGUAUUGCAUGUAGGUGAAUGAUAUGAGCCUCUAGAGCAAGCAGAAUGUUUUAUACUUUCUUAUAAGAAAAUUUUCAACAAAACAUGUUUUGACAUCCUAUUAUUUGUAUUGUCUUUUGUUGUAUGUGUUUAUUACAAUAAAAUUAUCUUGUUUUGGGAAGGGAGUUAUUUUUAAUUUUAAGUUUAUUACAAAAUAUCGAUCUCAACCGCUAAAAUAACAGCUUUCUGGCUAUAAGUUCUAAUAGGUAGGUAUACUUUAUGUAGAUACAGUCUGGCAAACCAUUUUGUCAGUACCUACGAGUACCUAACAUAAGAAUAAAGAAAAAUCCCUCUUUUUGGGGUUCUCGGAAAAAAAUAUGAUUCUGCCUAUGCUCCACUGACAAACGACUUGACAAACAAAAUUAAUUAUCAUUUUCAUAGAUCAUUUUUAAAACAUUUAUCACAGGUAAGUAUUUAAUAAUUAUGUCUAUUUGUACUUACGUAGUACCAAUUCUGGAGGUCCUAUAAUAAAGUACAAUAAAUAGCAGUAAAUAAAGUUAUAUAUUUUCAUUGUAUUUCACUGACAUUGUUUAUUUAAAGAUAUUUUUUUAUUCAUGUUCGCUUUAUACUUCUGUACUUCUGUUUCGCCACAUCUGACAUUUCCAGAUAUGAACCUCCAUGGCUCGAACGAUCAAAGACGAAAGCCUAUGACAACUCUUUAAAAGAGUUUAAAGAAAUUCGGAAAACAAAAUUGAGAACCGUGUCAAAAUCGUGUACGAGCUGUUAAAAAUAAAAAUACGCUAAUUUGUUUUAGAAAAUGAAAUGAUAAAUUUAAUGUUUACUUGAGUUUAGGGGUGGGGCUCGAAGCGCGCGCCAUGGUGCGGUGGAAGUAUUGCCUGGUGCUGGCGCUGCUGCUUCUGCGCACCGACGCCAAGGAUGACGAGGAUGAUGAAGACUGUCACAGAGGUGAGGAUAACGAUGACGAGGAGGAAGACGAGGCGGACGAGACUGACGACGAUGAAGAACGUCCGGACACGAUGGAUAUACCUCCGGGCCGGCGCACACGGGUGCUAGCCACGCCGGGUCAAGAGGGCGUUACCCCCAGCAGAACAACGAAGAGGGCUCCCCUUGAGUGCUACGUGUGUGGUUACAGAAGCGAGAUGCCGCUACGGUCGUGUCUUGAUCCUGCAAAAUACAGGGUUCAUUCAGUAACAUGUCACAACUUGGACGACAAGUGCUUCACAACAGUGAUAUCAAAAGACAAGGCAUACGUGGCCGUCAUCCGCGGCUGCCGCACCGGCUGCGUUGGAUCCCCGGACACUACGUGCUGUGAGCGAGACCGCUGCAACAACCAAGCAUUCGCGAUGCCCAUCGUACCGCGCGCACACCUCGAUUCUAGCUCAGAAAUCCCGUUGUUAUCCACCGCUGCCAAAACCACGCCGUCCAACGUGCUGUUCUUCGUCACGGUGCUUCUGCUUCUGCAGACGGUGGUCAAGGUGGCCUUUGUGUAACAAAUAGAGCAUGUUAGCAAUGCCUGUAGUGCCGAGCGCACACAAACCGUCUUCAUCCACCGCUGCAAAGGCAACGUGCUGUUGUUCGUCACCGUGCUGCUGCUUCUGUAGAUGGUGGUCAAGGUGAACUCCGUGUAACAGUUAGUGUUAGCAAUGCCUAUAGUGCCAAGUUCGCACGAAGCCUAGUUAAAGCAAAACCUAGCCCACGUGCGUUCGUCGCUAUGCUUUUACUUCUACUAGAGUGUUAAGGUGCUCUGCGUAUCUAGAAAAAAAAAUUCAAGGCGACUAAAAUGUUACCACGUUCUUAGGACGCAUAGAAAGACAUUUUGGUAAUUUUCCAAACUAGGUGGACUACCCGCCUCAUAUACUAACCUUAACAUAUAUAAGAUAUCUUAUGGAUAUAUUCUCACACCAUUAAAAUUCCCGUAAUUUUCUCUAUAACUUAACAUGGAUUAACUGCGCGCGAGGUAAAAGUUAAAACGAUUUCUACUUAUUAUGUGAAAUGUUGGUGCGGUUUUUGUGAUAUUUUAUUACUGUCUUGUACACUGAUUUUGUAAUAAAUUUUUAAUCAAUA